AUGGGGUAUGCAUUGGGAAUAGGUCCACCAGGCAGAUGCUCCGAUAGAAACUUUUGUCCAAAUGGUAAUGCUGCAACCGAGCCCUACAUUGUUUCCCAUAACCUGCUUCUCGCGGUCCAUGCAACUGCUGCUAGUCUCUACAAACAAAACUACCAGGCAACACAAGGGGGACAAAUUGGAAUAAGUCUUGUUGCACAGUAUGUUGAGCCAUAUCCAAACACAUCACUCGAUAUGGAGGCAGCAAUGAGAGCCAUGGAUUUCGAGUUGGGAUGGUAUAGGGAACCGCUGGUGCGAGGAGAAUACUCAGAAAGCAUGAGAAUAUUGGAAAAUACGCUUGGAAACGCUCUCGCAAAACAGCCCGAAAAAGUAUGGGGAAAAGGACGAGAAAUUGCUGAAAAUCUGCAGAGGAAGGAGGGAAUUAAAAGCGACACAGAAGAUAUGGAAACGACGCUGGCGUACCUGAGAGUACUGGCCUUCUGUUUGGCGGCUGCAAUCUCGGUCUCCGGUGGUGUGGCGGCGGCGGGAGCUCCCCUGUUUCCGGCGAUGUUUGUGAUCGGCGAUUCGUUAGUGGAUAACGGGAACAAUAACGGCUUGCGUUCUUUGGCGAAAUCAAAUUAUCCUCCCUACGGUAUUGAUUUCCAUGGAGGUCCAACGGGGAGGUUCUGCAACGGGAAAACCAUCAUAGAUUUCCUCGGAGAUUUGUUAGGUCUUCCACUACUUCCCGCCUUCACAGAAACGUUCGGCGGCGAAGUAGACAUUGAAACCGGAGUGAACUAUGCUUCAGCCGCGGCUGGGAUCCUCGAGGAAAGUGGCCUAAAUCUGGGGGACAGGUUCAGCUUGACUCAGCAGGUUGAGAAUUUCAAAAGCACAUUGGACCAGCUUCAAAACCAAAUGGACCAGGAGAUGUUGAAUCAACACUUGAGGAAAUCUUUACUUGUCACGAACAUUGGCAGCAACGACUACAUCAACAAUUAUCUCAUGCCCUCUAUUUACUCAUCAAGCUCCACUUACACACCUGAAGCUUUUGCUAAUCUUCUAAUAAACAAAUAUGCAGGUCAAAUAACGGAACUAUACAAAACAGGGCUGAGAAAAUUUUUGUUGGCCGGAAUCGGACCACUCGGUUGCAUUCCGAAUCAGCUGGCCAAAGGCUUUGCGCCGCCGGGGAAGUGUAUAACGGCCGUGAACGACGUGGUGCAAGUGUUCAACAGGCGGCUCAAGACUCUUGUUGAUCAGUUGAACGCUAACUACACCAACAAUGCCAUUUUUGUUUAUGGCAAUACCUAUGGAGCCUUCACCGACAUACUAAGUAAUCCGAAGACUUGCGGGUUUCAAGUGAUGGACAGAGGGUGUUGUGGCAUUGGGAAAAACAAGGGGGAAAUAACAUGUCUUCCAUUUUCCAUCCCGUGCUCCAACAGGGAUGAAUAUGUCUUCUGGGAUGCUUAUCACCCGACUCAAGCUUUCAAUCAGAUUAUUGCUCAAAAGGCCUAUUCAGGCCCCCAAUCUGCAUGCUAUCCCAUCAAUGUCAAACAGAUGGCUCAACGUUAAGGGGGUUAUUAAAUAAAA